AUGAUUAGGUGGCUCAACGACUGCGUCCGAAACCACCCCGAAUGCAGAGUCUUUUACAGCCAUUCGACCUGGCUACCUUCAAGGCUAGUUGAUAUUGGAGACCCAGGCAGUUACUUGUGGAAGAUCAUUGCCACCGAGAGGCUUAAAACUCCUCCCAAUUAUGGAGGCUAUCUCACGCUGAGUCACCGCUGGGGCUCUUCACCAUUCGUACAGCUUACAUCGGACACGCUCCCCGGAUUCCAGAACUACACAGCUAUAGAGAGUCUCCCCAAGACUUUCCGCGAUGCGAUUGCGCUAGCUUAUCACUUCAAUAUUCGCCACAUCUGGAUCGACUCGCUAUGCAUCCUUCAAGAUAGCCCAUUAGACUGGAAGAGAGAAUCUUCCAGAAUGGACGACGUGUACUCCAACUCCACCUGCAACAUCGUUGCAGCACACUCUGAGGGACCCGACGGUGGGCUCUUUAGAGUGAGAGACCCAUCCGUCUUGGAAUCCUUUGUUGUUUACUCAGAGAGGACGGAUAUCCCGUCUGGCGAAUACACCGUCUGGGAUCACACGUCCAUCCUGAACGACUACAACAGAGCUCCGCUGUACAAGCGCGGCUGGGUCUUUCAAGAACGCCUACUGCCCAAAAGGACUCUUCAUUUCGGUAAAGACCAAGUCUUUUGGAAAUGCAGACGGCGUCUUGCCUGUGAGAGCUUGCCCGACGGCAUACCGGUGGCACCAGACGACGAAGUGGUCGAGCGCGAGAAAGGCGUCACUCGAAUUCGCAGAAUGCGCCCCCAAGAGGAAGAGGAUUUGCCAGAGAAUGAAGAAACUUUUGCAACUGUCUGGGAGCACCUGGUUGAGGAGUACUCGGACUGUAGCUUGACCUACGACAAGGACAAGCUUGCGGCCUUGAAUGGAAUGGCAAGCAUCUUUUCUAAUGCCUCUUUGAGUAGAUAUAUUUCCGGUAUCUGGAACACACACAUCGCCCGACAAAUCUGCUGGAGCUUGAACCCUGUGGCGGAAAAGAAGCCCCGACCUAGUCAUCCCGCGCCAUCUUGGUCGUGGGCUUCCGUGCAAGGCAAGGUCUCGUUCAAGGCCAUAAUGAACAGCGAUGAGAGUAUCUUACAUCUCGCGCGUCAUUUCUACCAUAGUGCCCACAGCGAUACUCCCGCAGGACACCGCAUACCACUCGGAGGCUAUAUCGGCAUGAGCGGCAGCGUCUAUAAUCUCAAAGUAUCAGACAUGUCCAACGACGAGGUUUCGCUGAGUCUUGAUGGAAAGUCGGAGCGACUGGAUUAUAAUCCUUUCGUCUUCGACUUUCAUCAGGACGGUUCACCCCCGAAGGAGCUGUUCAUUCUACCACUGAUGUGUACCCAGGAACCUCCCGUCAAUGCAAAGGGCGUCGAGAUUGCCGGUCUGAUACUGAAACCUUUGGGCGACUUCAUCGAGGACUUUGGAGACAUGGAACUUCGAAAAUCCUACAGGUACGAACGUGUGGGAUUCUUCAAUUUCAGGCCAAGUGACGGGAAAGGGCAACGAUUGCUCUAUGGGUCACCGUUCUCCGAGGCAGAGAAAAUCAAAGGUCUGUACUUUAGCGACAAGAGCAAUCAACUUAUACUUUUAGAGUAG